GAAGAUGAGAAGCAGGGAUUGAUUCAAGUGGUGCUCAAGUGCUGUUGUGGACCCAUCAAUGGAGUCCGAGUCGCACUUCAAUUCGAUUAGUGCGCGGCAGGUAGUGGCGAUGAUAGGUUAAACUCCAAACGCAACGCCGCCGCACUAACACACUCAAUCACUGAAGCACUCGAGUAUGGAUCGGGCCCACGGCCCGGAUAAAAGCCCAAAUACGGGCUCGUUGCCGCUACGCCAAGCUUUACCCAAUCAUAUCAACAUGGUGGAGUCGAUCCAUUCGCACUUGACCUCUAUGCUCCGCGUCACGCUCCUCUCGCUGCAGUGACGCCUACCUUCUACUAUAAAUUGCGCCUCUACCUUGCUGCACCACCAUUUCCACUGCUCUAGCUUCUUCUCUCAAUGGUUGCUUGUGGCAUAAUGGACCAAGAGAAUUCUGAAAAGGGAACGGAAGAUGCCCCCGUGCUCCCUUCAUGCGAAGACGAACACGGAGGUAUCAUAGUGGAGUUGAAGGAUCCCAUGGAUCCCAUUGAGUUUGCUCUGCUUCUCAAAAGUUCACUUUCACAGUGGAAACUGCAGGGGAAGAAGGGAGUCUGGAUCAAAAUACCAAUUAAACUUGUGGCUCUUGCUGAAGCUGCAGUCAAGGAAGGAUUUGUGUAUCACCAUGCUGAGCCUCACUAUUUGAUGCUUGUAAAAUGGAUUCAUGAAACUCCUAGUACCAUUCCAGCAAAUGCAACGCACCGACUCCGCAUUGGUGCUAUUGUCUUGAAUGACAAAAGAGAGUUGCUCGUUGUUCUGGAAAAGCAUGGCAGAUUUAAAGGCACCGGCAUCUGGAAGAUACCCACCGGAAUGGUCGAGGAGGGAGAGGAUAUCAUUGUAGGAGCAACAAGAGAAGUAAAAGAGGAAACCGGAGUUGAUUCAGAAUUCAUCGAUGUGCUAGCGUUCAGGCAAAUGCACAAGACCUUCUACCAGAAGUCAGACUUAUUUUUUCUGUGCACGCUCAAGCCUCUAUCGUUUGAGAUCCAAAUACAAGAGUCUGAAAUUGAUGGAGCACAGUGGAUGCCCAUUGCUGAAUACGCAGCACAGCCUUUCGCGGAGCAGCACUAUGUGUUCAAGUAUGCUGCGGAUAUAUGCCUAGCUAAACUCGAAAAGGGUUACACUGGCUUCACACCACGUCCCACUACAUCAUUCCUCAGUCAGAAUCCCAGCUAUCUCUAUGUAAACGAGCUUCUCACCCUCCCAGUUUCUAACUAAUUAUUUCUACUUCAUAAUCAUCUCUAUUUCAUAAUCACAAUUCCAAUCCGCUUUACGAUUUUAUUUGUGUAAAAAAAGCCUCUCAUGUACAAUUUUGUGCAUCCAAUAGUAUGGUAUUUCAUCAGGACUGUUUUA